AUGAGCAAGAUCGUGAACCUCCUCGUCGACAGUGAAGCUGACAUCCUCAAUAAGCUCAUAGAGAGGAUGUCCGAAACUGGCUUGGUGCACGACCUUGUGACCUUCUUCCAGCACGAUGCCGAGCUCUUGAACAUGCUGGGCGAUCGCGCGAUUGACGGUGACCUUUCUAUUGAGGCGAGAUGGAGGCUAUUGCACACCCUGAUGUCCACAGGGAUUUCUUCCUGCAAGGGCGCGGAGAAGGCCGUGGAGAGCUUGCUCGUCAGCGUUGAGGGUGAUGAGCUGUCCGAGCUGAAGUCCAAGCAGGACAGCUCUGGAGACCGGCACUCGAUGCACAAGCUCAUCUUUGAGGACAUCGCCCGCGGUCGGUUGGCCUGCUGA